AUGACGGUCAAGGUCGCCCAGGAGUCCCAAAUUUUCCAAUCUCAAGUUGCAAAGCUAGUCCCCAAUGUUAUUUCUGGUGAUGGUGUUAGGAUCACGAUUGAAGACCCAUACACGGGAAAAGUUUACGAAUGUAUUGAUGCCGUCACUGGUGCCGCUGUUGGUGCAUUGGGCUGGCAUGAUAAGGAUGUUCCUGGCUUCUAUAAAGAAGCAUUGGACAACUCCACGUACUCUUUCACUGCUUGCGUGGGAAAUAAGAAUGCCGAAGCUUUGGCAAAUUUCUUGAUUGAAAACUCACCUAAAGGAGCUUUUAAUGCUGCACUUUUCGUGGGUUCAGGUUCUGAAGCUAACGACAAUGCUAUGAAAAUCAUCAGACAAUACUACCUUGAAAAAGGCAAGCCAAAGAAAACCAAGUUCAUUGGAAGGGAGUGCUCUUACCAUGGCUUCACUAUUGGCUCGAUGUCGCUCAGUUCUGGAUUCAGAUCUGACAUCUUCAAAGAGAUCUCUUUACCAGCGGAACAAUGCCCUACUAUUGAUGUAUGCUACCCAUACCGCAAGCAAGGAAAUUUAACCACGGAAGAGUAUGUCGAAAAGUUACUUGCCAAUGCGGAAGAUGUCAUUUUGAAGGCAGACCCAGAGACAGUUGCCUCUCUUACAGUUGAAACUUUGCCAGGUUCUACAUUGGGAACAGUGCCACCACCUCCUGGCUAUUUGUCUGGGCUCAGAAAGUUGUGCACUAAAUACGACAUUGUGUUUCAUUUGGACGAAGUAAUGUGUGGUACUGGCAGAUGCAGCGAGAAUUUGCACUGCUGGGAAAACUUUUUGGAACCUGGAGAAGGUCCAGAUAUUCAAACCAUCGGUAAGACUCUCGGUUCCGGAUAUGUUACUAUCGCAGGUGUUUUGGUUUCUCCAAAGAUCAGAGACACCGUGGUGGCAGGUACCGGAGUGGUCAUCGGUGGCCACACAUACUCUGACCACGCUUUGAACUGUUACGUUGCAUUGAAAAUCCAGGAGAAGAUCAAGGAAUUGAACUUGACAUCCAACAUUUUCAGGAUGGGCAACUUGAUGGGCAAGCUCUUGAAGAAAGAAUUGUCGGAUUUUGCAAUUGUUGGCGACGUCCGGGGUAUUGGUGGUUUCUGGAGCGUUGAAAUUGUCCAAAACAAGGAAACAAAGGAAAGUUUCCCUAAAGAAUUAGAUGUGGCUCACAUGCUGUCGGACAUUGCUCUUGAAAAGGGAUUGAGUAUUAUGGCUUUGCAAGGCGCCAACAAUAAUGCUGGAGAUCACAUGAUUUUUGCACCAGCUUUCAUUGUCACAGAAAAGGAUGUUGAAGAGAUGGUGAGCAAAGCCAAAGAUGUUUUCGCUCAAUUGGAGAAGGAAUUGGCGCACAAAGGUUUGAUUUAG